AUGAGUGACGGCUUCGAAUUUGCCAGAGGAGAGUUCCUAAGCUCUCACGCUCUAAGUGAAAGCGAGGUUCGCACACACGGAUGUUUCGGUAUCUUCCCAGUACGCCGCAACAUCAACCACGAGGUGGGGAAUGAGGUUGCCAGGGACUUGGUCGAGCGAUGGGAUGACGCCGUGAAAGACACCACAACUGAGAAUUUUCACGGUAUUGAAAACAAUAUCUCCGGGUGUUGGGACGCAUUGAUCCUUCCCGAAGCCGAUCCCGAGCGCUUGAAGUACUCGGCCUGGUUCACCCACUUCUUCUUCCUUCUAGAUGACAAGGCAGAGGCCCUUACCAGAGAGAUGGCACAUGGCAAGCUCAACCCUGAAGUUGCAAAGAUAUUUUCCGCCGAGGGUCGUGACGAUCCAAAAGCGCCCUUGGAGAAUGUUCUAGUGCCUGCCAUCCGUGACCUCUUGGCUACGGAUCGCGCAAAAGGCAUCCCUGUUUUGCGAUCGUGGGUCAACUGGCUCCUAACAGUAGAUUCAAAAGGGUUGAACGAUUUCCAGACAAUCCAGGAGUACAUCGACUUUCGUGUUAUCAACUGCGGUCUGCUGACAUAUCCCCCGAUGAUCGAGUACACAAUGAACCUAAACCUUGGGUAUAAUGAGAAGCAGGCAGUCGAGGAACUACAAAUUCUCUCCGUGAUUUGCAUUGGACUCUCGAAUGACUACUGGAGCUGGCCCAAGGAAGCAGCAGACCAUGCUGCGGGCAGAUCCCGACUUAUGAACGCAGUCGCAAUGGUAAUGAAAGAAAAAGGGCUGAGUUCAGAAAAGGCUUGGUGGUAUGUCAAGGAUCUUACCAUAAGUUAUGAGGAGAAGUUGGUCCAGUGCCGCGACCAUUUUCUUGCCAACAAUGAUGUAUCAGAUGACCUGCGCAAAUACAUAGAUGCGCAUCUAUGGAUGGUCGCGGGAAAUGAUCUGUGGGGCUCUACGUGUCCUCGUUACCAUCCGUACUUGCACGUUAGCAGGGACGCAUUCGGGGAGAAGGGAUCGGCACAGUCUGUAGAAGAUAGUUCAUGA